UAAUAACACCGAUAAUACAUUGAUAACCGGUAUAAAUAAACAAACUCAGACGAUUUGACAAAUUAUUGAAUCAUCUAGUUUUUAAUUUUUUUUUGUCAGAAUUAAGGCUAUAAAGUGAACUUUAUCAAUAAAAUGGAUCCUAAAGAUGUACCUGUCCCAGCUAUAGAUAGUUUAUCAGCAGCUCUUAAAAUUAAUAUUGUACCAAAUCAAGAAUAUCUUUUACAAGGUAGUGUUUUAGAUUCUGCUGUUGAAGUUCUUCUGCAUAGAUUACGAGGACUGUGUGAUAAUGUUGAUUCAGGACCAGAAACAUUUCAUGAUCAUGAAAUGUGUUUUAGUAUAAGGAGUGCUACUCCACAACCUUUAACAUUAAGAGUAAGACGAGCAAUAGAUUAUUUAGAUAUGCCUUACCAAUUGCGUUACAUUGGACAGCCCGAACUAGGAGACAAAUCACGCCCAACUAUUUUAAGAAACAGUAUUGAUAUUGCUACAACACCUACAAUUGUUGAUUUCCUUACUGAAAUGGGAUUCCGAAUGGAUUUUGAGUACAUUUUACGUGGUUAUAUGUUUCGUAAAGGUCGAAUGAAGAUAACUGUAUCCAAAAUAUUUAAGAUGAUGGUUGUGGGUAAACCAGCACCAGAAAGUGUAGACCCUAUUUCACAGUCAUAUCUUGUAGAACUUAGUGUAUUGGCACCAAGUAAUCAAGACGCUAUUGCUGAAGAUAUGCGAAUUUUCGCAGAGCAGUUAAAGCCAUUAGUACAUUUGGAAAAAGUUGAUUAUAAAAGACUUACUCAACCACCUACAUAAUUAUAAUUGAGUUGCAAAAUUUUAGUUGUAAACUUUUGAACUAUAAUUGUAAAUUUUAAUUAAUUAAUAUGAAAAAUAUAAUGAAGCGAUUUAUGUAAUUAGAUUAUAAAAAAAUAUAUGUAUUUUUAAAAAUCAA